AUGGCGGACCCGUUAAGCGUUGCCGCUUCGGUGCUUGCUGUUGCAACAGCUGCCGUUGUGUCGAUACGAUCCCUAUGCGAUACUGUCAAAAGCUUUCAGAAUCGCAACAACACUUUACGACGCCUUCAAGCCAAUCUACAAGAUCUUGCCACCAUUCUGGACUCGCUAGUACAAGUGAUCGAAGAUGAUAUAUCGGUGUUGGCGCUUCUUGAAGGUCCCAUUGAUCGUUGCAAAGAUAUAUGCAUCGAGUUUGAACAAUCCAUGAAGAAGUUUCACGCAAAAUCGAAGACAAGCUUAUUAGAUUGGACAAAAUUGGAGUUCAUGAAAGGCGACAUCAACGAUUUUAUAGAGACCCUUGAGGGGUAUAAGUCAACAAUCACGGUCGGUUUGGGAACCAUCAAUUUGCGGAACUCUAAAGUGUCUCACGAUGUCCUUCAACAGUAUGAAGAGAUGAUUAAAGACACGGCAUACAAUCUCGAAGUCCAUUUACGCCGUAUCGACGAGAAACUAACAGGUUACAAUAGUCAGGGUGACAAUGCACUAGAGACAAGCAUAGACCUUCAAGACGAGAGGGCAGUAACUCAACAGUGCCUCCGUAUUUGUAAGGAUGCAAGCUCUUAUAUUGAGUCGCUAACAAAGCGAGCGUCGACCUUAUUGCAAAAUGCGCCUCAAACCAAUGCUGAAGAUGAUUCAUGGGGCGACUUACAAGCGCAGAUGCUCACGCGCGAGGCUUUUAACACAUCACAAUCCAAUUUCUUGAAGGUCAUCAGUUGCCUUGGAGAACGUUUACAGUCCAUGGUCACGAAUGAGGGAGCAGGAAAUGAAAACGAGAGAUCACGGUUACAAGAAGACAUCAACAUAUCAAAACAGUGUCUGCAAGUAUGCAAAAUGGCUGGCGAAAUUUCUUCUCAGAAGAUACACAGGAUCGGAGAGGCUGUUGCCGAGGAUGACAGUGAUCAAGUGGUGGUGACAACUUUGGCGGAUCUCUUUGAGGUCAGAAAAGCGGUCUCCAAGGGUCGCUCGGCGCAGCUGGUUGCCACCCUGACACCUGAGAAUUUUGAUCAUGUGGUCGAGAAGCGGUAUAGCAGCCGAUUUGGUGCUUUCCUUGACUCCUCCGUCCAUUCUCAAAUCGGGAGUGCAACCUCACCAAUUCCUUCGCACUCUCAAACUAGUAAGCAAUUUCUUUCGCCUGGAUUGAACAAAGAUUCGCAAUCACUUGGGCCAACGGGAAGACGUGACAAGCCGAAUUCCAACGAGAUGAAAAGACGAGGUGGAAAUGGAGAAAACGUAUGGAAGGCCAAAGAUUAG